GUCCCGGCGGACGCGGGGGCGGCCGCGGGAGGGAGGAAGGAAGGGAGGGAGCGAGGGGCGGGCCCGGCGCGGCUGCCCGGCCGGCUGCUGGAGGCCCCGGGCCGGGCCCGCGCCGCGAUGGCCCUGGUGACCCUGCAGCGCUCUCCCACGCCCAGCGCCGCGUCGUCCUCCGCCAGCAACAGCGAGGUGAGCCCGACCGCGCCCUCCCGCAAGUUGGAGGCUGGCAGCGAUGAAGACCGCAAGCUGAAUCUCAGCCUGAGCGAGAGCUUUUUCAUGGUGAAAGGAGCGGCCCUCUUUCUCCAGCAGGGAAACAGCCCCCAGGGCCCGCGGAGCCUUCAGCACCCUCACAGGCAUGCAGGAGACCUGCCUCAGCACCUCCAAGUGAUGAUCAACCUCCUACGCUGUGAAGACAGGAUCAAGCUGGCCGUGCGCCUAGAGAGCGUCUGGACCGACCGAGUUCGAUACAUGGUCGUGGUGUACACCAGCGGGCGCCAGGACACGGAGGAGAACAUCUUGCUGGGAGUUGACUUUUCCAGCAAAGAGAGCAAAAGCUGCACCAUCGGGAUGGUUCUUCGACUGUGGAGCGACACCAAGAUCCACCUUGAUGGGGAUGGCGGGUUCAGUGUGAGCACGGCAGGCAGAACGCACAUAUUCAAGCCCGUGUCUGUCCAGGCCAUGUGGUCUGCCCUGCAGGUUCUUCACAAGGCCUGUGAAGUGGCCCGCAGACACAACUACUUCCCCGGAGGGGUGGCGCUCAUCUGGGCCACCUACUACGAGAGCUGCAUCGGCUCCGAGCAGAGCUGCAUCAACGAGUGGAACGCCAUGCGGGACCUGGAGUCCACCAGGCCGGACUCCCCGGCACUGUUUGUGGACAAGCCAACCGAGGGGGAGAGAACUGAACGCCUCAUCAAAGCCAAACUCCGGAGCAUCAUGAUGAGCCAGGACCUAGAAAAUGUGACCUCUAAGGAAAUCCGCAACGAGCUGGAGAAGCAGAUGAACUGCAGCCUGAAGGAGUUCAAGGAGUUCAUCGAUAACGAAAUGCUGCUCAUCCUGGGCCAGAUGGACAAGCCCUCCCUCAUCUUCGACCAUCUCUAUCUUGGCUCCGAGUGGAAUGCAUCCAAUCUGGAGGAGCUGCAGGGUUCAGGGGUUGACUACAUUUUAAAUGUCACGAGAGAGAUAGACAAUUUUUUCCCUGGCUUGUUUGCGUAUCAUAACAUCCGAGUCUAUGACGAGGAGACCACAGACCUUCUUGCACACUGGAACGAGGCGUAUCAUUUUAUAAACAAAGCGAAAAGGAAUCACUCCAAGUGCCUGGUCCAUUGCAAGAUGGGCGUCAGCCGAUCUGCGUCCACGGUCAUAGCCUAUGCCAUGAAGGAAUUUGGCUGGCCCCUGGAGAAAGCGUAUAACUAUGUGAAGCAGAAGCGAAGCAUCACACGGCCCAACGCAGGCUUUAUGAGGCAGCUGUCUGAGUACGAAGGUAUCCUGGAUGCAAGCAAGCAGCGGCAUAACAAACUGUGGCGCCAGCAGCCGGCAGAUGAUGUUGCGGCAGAGCCCUGCGAGUUCUCACCAGAGACCUUGGAUGGCGCCCUGGACACCAGGCUGCCGUGCUUGGAUGAGAGCACCCAGCCCGGGCUCCCAGGAAGCCAGGACCCAGGAGGACCCUCUCUCCCGUGCUGUUUCCGAAGACUCUCGGACCCCCUCCUCCUCCCCCACCACGAUGACAUGGGUGGCCUGGUGCACUUAGAGGAUCUCGAGAGGGACGCUCUGCUGGAGGACGUGGCUCAGCCGGAGGGUGUGCACAGGCUGCUUCAGCAACCCCUGGAAGGCGCCAGGCUGUGUGAGAAGGACGUGAAGAGGAAACUAGAGUUUGGGAGCCCCAAAGCCCGAGGUGGCUCCUUGCCUCCAAUGGAGGAGAUGGAGAAGGAUGGUGGCCCCAGGGCAGGGAGGUGGAGGCGGGCCUCUACCCAGCUCGACAGAAGUUUGCUUGACCAGGAAAACCUUAAUAACAACAACAGCAAGAGGAGCUGCCCCGAUGAUCUUGAGCGCGAUGCCGUGUUUGGAAUCCUCAGUAAAGUGAAGCCUUCCUAUACAUCCUGCGCCGACUGCAUGUACCCCACAGCUGGUGGGGCUCCUGAGGCCUUCACGGAACAGCACGAGGACCCUAGGGCUCCUGCCGUCUGCACCCAGCCAGCCUUCCUACCCCACGUCACGUCUUCUGUGGUGGCCCACGCAAGCAGCAGGCCCCGAGCUCCAGAGAGGCCGCCCUCUGGUCCAGCCAACACCCCUCCAUUCCUCCUACCAGCAGGCUCAAAGAAGCCAGACAUCAGUGGCUCUGGAGCCAGGGCUGCCCCUGAACCACCAGCAAGCCUUGUAGAGCCUUCCAGAGAGACUUCAAAAGUCCUUCCAAAAUCUCUCCCGUUGAAGAAUUCUCACUGUGAUAAGAGUGCCAGCAACAUGGAGGUGGCGAAGGAAGAAGUGCCAGCCAAGAAAGACCUGAAGCCAGCCAAAGACCUGCGACUUCUGUUCAGUCACGAGGCGGAGAAACCAACAGCCAACAGCUACCUGAUGCAGCACCAGGAGUCCAUCAUCCAGCUGCAGAAGGCAGGCCUGGUCCGAAAGCACACCAAAGAGCUGGAGCGGCUGAAGAGCCUGCCUCCAGACUCACCAUCUACCUGCAGGGACAGCGCCACCAGCAGGCUGGAGGCCAGCAUCCCCGAGGAGGGCCCGGAGCCUGGACACGCAGCCCUGAGCAGCCAAGCAGGGACUGAAGAGAAACCUCCAGACGGAGCCUUGCUGAAGAGCCCCACUGCUACCCUCCUCCGCCUCGACCACACCAGUAACUUCUCGAAAGACUUCCUGAAGACAGUGUGCUACACGCCCACCUCCUCCUCCAUGAGCUCCAACCUGACCCGGAGCUCCAGCAGCGACAGCAUCCACAGCAUCCGAGGGAAGCCCGGGCUGGUGAAGCAGCGGGCACAGGAGAUUGAGACGCGGCUACGCCUGGCGGGCCUGACUGUGUCAUCUCCACUGAAACGUUCCCACUCCCUCGCCAAGCUGGGGAGUCUCAACUUCUCCACAGAGGACCUGUCCAGCGAGGCCGACACGUCCACCAUCGCCGACUCGCAGGAUGCCAAGUGCGGUCACUCUUCCUUCUUGCCUGAACCUCAGGCUGCACUGAGGGACCCCCCUGCAACCUCCAAACCAUCAGGGAAACCCACCCCAGAACACUUGAAAAGCCCAUUGAGGAUGAACAGGAGCUGACCGGCUUUCAGCUCUGUGACACUGAGGUUUUCAUGCUGUCCUGUCCACCCUCACGUCUUGCUGUGUGUCGACAGCUUCAUUCACCAGGCUCUCCCCGCUCUUGCCAAAGAGUAGGGGGAGAAAUGGAAGUAACUUAGCAUGAAGCAGGAGGCCCAGGGGUGGAGCCUGGGCGACCUGGAAACUGUCAGCCAGGAGACACACAGCUCUGAUCCCCGAGCCCUGUCUUUGGGAACAGUCACGUUCAGAUACGUACGCACGGCCUGGGGCUCUGUCUCGGUUGUUAGAAUGAAUUCGUGGCCCUGGGUUCGGUCCCCAGCAUCCCAUAAAACCAGACAGGGCUGUACACACCAUAAUCCGGACACUGGAGGUGGAGGCAGAAGGAUGAGAAAGUCCAAGUCACCCUCAGCUGCUUAGUGAGUUUGAGGCCAGCCUGGCGGAGAGGGAAAAAGUAAUAAGCGUGUGCAGUACGUACAAAACGUUUAAUCUGCAACAUGUAAAAGAUUUGUGGUGGUGAUGUCAUCGCUGCAGCCCAUGUUCCCAGCUCAUUCCUAUCCUCGAGAGAGAAUUCUCAGACGACAACACAAGUCCUACCUCUGUUCUCACUGUGCAUAAAUGACCAAGUAAUGACCAAUGCUGUGUCUGAAAAGGUUUUUCUAAGAGAAUUGUGGGAGGUUUUGGUUUGUGUGAGGUUUUUUUCAGAGGGGACCCCCCAGAAGUGUCAAGACUUUGAGCCUGACCUUCCCAAGAAUGGCUAGCUGAAAUGAUCAGAGGAAGGCCCCGAGUGGCAGCGGUCUGUGGAAUGGCGCCCACGGUCGGAUGUGUGGGUUCCUCGGCUGCUAGCAUCAAGCUUCCAUCACCCAGUCACAGGGAAGGACUCCGGGCAUCGCUGGGCCUCAUCUGCUGCUAACAAGGCAUCGUUGCGUUUGGGGUUGGGACGAACUCAUGUCUGUGAGGUUGUGGGUCUUAGGAUGUGGAACACCUGCCGAGACACUGUGACCCCAGGUUCAUUAGCUGCAUCUCCACGUUUGCUGGGAGGAAGGGCCGGUCAGCAAUGGGAUACUUUCUUGUGGGUCCCUGCCCAGGAGUCACUCUGAGAAGAGUGAGUCUGUUGAAAAGCUUCACAGAUGUUUACCAGUGUCCCUUCCCAUGGGGAGAAUACUACUUCCUGUGAGUAGACUCCUGCUUCCUUUUCUCCAGCCCUCUCAUGCAGUAGUGACGGGGCAGAGGAGGCUGGCCACAGCACAAGUGUUCAUGCAGUUUAACUCAGUGAAGCCAGAAGCCUGGGCUCUGAGGCCUUGUCUGGUGCCCAUCAGGAAGAAGGGGAUGUGUGUAUUAUGAGAGAGGAGCAGCAUGGCAGACAGUGGUUUGCAGCUGGUUUUUUGAGACAGCGUUUCUCUGUAUUCCAGGCUGGCCUCAAACUCAAGAGAUCCGCCUGCCUCUGUCUCCCCAGUGCUGGGAUUAAAGGUGUGCACCACCACCAUCUUAAUGGCUGCUCCUCCUCCUCCACCUUCUCCUCUUUGUUUUUAUUUUUAUUUUUUUGAGGUAGAAUCUUUUUUUUUUUUUUUAAUUUUUAUUUUUUAUGAGGUAGAAUCUUGUGUAGCCCAAGCUGGCCUCAAACUCACAGCAGUCCUCCUGCCUCAGCCUCCCAAACAGCUGAGAUUACAGGUGUAAUCCAGUCAUUCGCAGGCCUGGUUGUUACAUUGUUAAAGGUUUGUCACAGGGGAUAGUUGGCGUCUGGGGCAGUGGCACAGGUUUGUGACCCCGAGUUCAGGAGGCUGAGGCGGGUCCAUCAUGAGUUAAGGGCCAACCUGGGCCGCAAAGUGAGACUCUACCUCAGAUGCAGCAAGUAACCUUGUCAGAGAUGGCAUUACCUGCCCUGAGCGUUUGCCGUGGGCCCUGGGUAGAAAGCUUGCCGGCUGAUCUAUGUGGCAUCCCAGGGCUGCUUGCGGCACCACGGGAAGACGUGGGGCAUGUUUGAGGCCUCCGUCACCCCUUGGGUAUCACAGACCAAAGCUUUCCCUCCUGUACUCCAGACAUGCCAGCCGCCCCUUUGCCUCUUGCACAGAUGGAGAUCUUGUGGAGGACCGCAGCUCCGUCCUGCAGUUGGCUGGUUCAGCCAGACAGCUCAGCGAGACCACAAAACCUUCAAGGAUCGGCCACAUUCUGGUAGUACGUGGACUGGGGUCCUCCCACACUGGUUAGAAUGGCGCUCCAAAACAGCUGUCCUCUGAAACCCCAGAACAUCUUUAGGAACAAGGCUUUUCUUCUUUUCCCUAGUGCAGAGUUUUUGGGAACCUCUGUCUUAAAAUUUUUCUCCCUGGCAUGAUUUGUUUUUCAUACACAUACAUUAUAAGGAUCUGUUUUCCCACUAGUGUCAGUGGCACUCACCUUAAAAAGUGAUUAUCCACUUAUUCCUGAAACCCCGUGUGUUUCCUCCGCUCGUCCCUCAGCCAACAAAAGAAAAAAAAAAAAAAAAAAAAAAGCCAAGUUUAGUAUCACGUGGUAGAUGAAUUUUUGUGUCAAAACAGUCCCUUAGAUUUGGUAAUGAUAGGCUUCUACUUCGUUUUUAAUCCCAUCUGUAAGAGUGAUAGGGUUUUGGAACUUUUGUUUUGAAAACUAUAACCUGUCCUGUUCUGUUUGAAGAGUAAGGCCAGGAGGAGAAUGAAAGCAGGCGGGGCUUUGGCUUCCGGUAAACUGAUGCCUCUUAGAAGCACUGUCAUCCCAGCCAGCAGGAUGCAAUGGCAGGGCGCUGCCCCCAUCAUCCGAAAGGAGCCCCAGCUGGGUGCUUUUCGUUACUCUUGGAGGGUUGGCUCUGUCUAUAAAUGCAGCAAAAUGGUGUUUCAAUUUAAAGGGUGAAUUUAUCUGUGAAAUUAUCCUGCUAGGCUGAGGCGCCCCUUAGCAAUGACAGCUCCCGUAUCGUCUCCUGGAAAGUGUUCUAGCGGGCUUGGUGGCACACACCUUUAAUCCCAGCACUUGUGAUGCGGAGGCAGGUGGAUUCCUGAGUCCAAGGCUACAUACAUAGACCCUGACACCCCUAACCACACACACACAACACAAAAUUUUUGUUUGGUUUUGUGAACUGUUUCAUGCUUGGCUAAUGCUUUGUGUAUAAUCUUGGCAAGAAGCAGAUCCACACCGAUGUGGCACCUGAGGCAGGCAGAGGGUCGGGGGUUCCUGCUGCAUGAGCCGCCGAUUCUGGUGACCUCCAUUUUCCCUGAAUGUCUUCAUGGAAUGAAGAGCUUUCUGCGCAGAUGCCCAGGGUACUUCUGCUCACCUGCACUUACGUAGCCUCCCAAACCCCCGAUGGUGUGGUGGCCUCGCCAUCCACCAACACAGAAGGCUUCCUGAAGUGUGGGGGAGAUGGAUCCUGGGGGUGGGUGGGUAGGAAGUCGGGUACCUGACUGUGUGAACCAAGAGUAAGGUGUCUUUCUUACAUCCCCGCCCCCUUGUACUCAGUGUGAAGAUCCCUGCCAGCCACACACACCUCGUCCCUGUGGCUCAGCCGUGUGGAUUACUCACAGGCACCAGAGUAAUCUUCAGCAUUGCUCUAGCUGAAGAGUGGGCCCAGCAGCCUCCGCACCCCAGAAGAGCCAGGAGGCUGCUGCAGGGUGGAGCCAAGUUUGGAAAGAUUAGAUACUGACAGCCACCCUGUGCUUCUGUGACCAUGGCUCAGGGCCCACCCUGGAAGGCUUGCGAAUCUCCUGUUCCUCAGGAACCAUUUCUCCUCAACAAGAACAAAGGAGAUCACAGGAAACAUCACCCAUGACACCCUAAGGAAGUUACUUCCAAGCGGCUGGCAGUUACUGAUGCCAGAAUUCAAUUCACCAACCCCCAUGGGUUGGCUGACAUACAGCAGGGCUCAUACAGUACAGUCCAUUAGGGUAACCACUGUACCCGUGGCAGGGAAGCUUGCUUCCGUCUGGGCAGCAUAGCAUGGAGUCCCCUGACCUGGUCCCCAUCCCGAGCUGCUGAACAGAAAAACCAGAUGAAGAUCACUGAUGCUCCCCUACGCAAAGCCCCUAUUGUUACUGUUGGGGUUCGAGUGUCACUCUGCACGCACGUAUGUACAUAAGUCUAUGUGCAUAUUCCUUGUGUAUGCUUUAUAUGUAUAUAUACAUAUAAGUGAGUCCUGCUCCAUCAAACCUGGUGUGCGUGUUUCUCUCAUUGUCACACUCUGUCCUUUAGCUAUGCAGUGACAUCAUCCAGCAUCCACCCAAAGUGAUGCCACCAGGGACCAUCUGGGGAAGGGUGACUUGCCCUGUUCCCUUUUGCAGUAGACCCCACAGCCCCUCCUUGAGCCCCUGUCUCAGAAGUCCUUCCUGUGCAGCCUCUGCUGCCCUGGCCAUUGGCCUUGCUGCACGAGAAGAUAGCUGCUUCCUCCGCUACACUGUAACCGUUGUUUUACAGUUGAGUGCCUUAAUAAUCGUUUACAAAUACUGUGUAUUUAUGCGCAACCGAUCAGCUCUCCUCCUCCACGGCCGGGUACUUCGUCUGGUCCUGGUGCAUAAACGCUGGGACCAGAGUUCGUCCCCACCCCCACCCACUUGUGUUUAUUCUGCUGUGCAGCUGACAUUGUGUUUUGUGACUACUGCACAGAGCCGGCUAGAGACGGCCCUGGUGAGUCCCUGCAGGCCAGGCUGGCGGCAGCGAACACCACAGCCCGAGGCAGCCGAGGCUGGGUGCAGGCCCGCCACUCCCUGAACCGCAGCCCAGCCCCUGCCCCUGCCCCAGCCCCCUCACCGGUGCCCUCCAGUUGAUGGGAGUUUUGGCACCACCUGGUUUCCCCUCACACUCCCUCCUGUUCUACCCAUGUCCUGAGCUCCUUGAGGCAGGUUGUGGGUACAGUUCACUCCAGGGAAGCCGCACCAGACCGCGUUCUUCACCUCCGAAAGGCUGCCGCUGGGUCCCCUCCUGUCAAGUUACAACUUUGAUGUUUUGGUUUUUUUUAAUCGUUUUACUUCUUGUUUUUUAUAUUAUAUAUUUAAAAAGGCAGUAUCUUUUGUACUGUGAAUUUGCAGUAGAAGAGGCAUAGUGCACUUUUUUUUUUUUUACUUCUGUUGGUGUGUAUUGUAUAUAUAGUCUGUGUGCUUCUUGUGAUGAAAAUAAACAUUUCCUUUAUAAA